AGGGUGCUGUGUGGUCGCUCCAAUAUGGAAGUGUGAGUUCCAGUUCCGUGGUGAUCUGAGCGGUUCAGCCUGCUUCUAAUCUAUCCAUGGAUUUAAAAGAGACAGGAAGCGUCGUUUUAACUGCCUACCAUUCAUUCACUGCUUCAAGGAUACAUUUAGUGGAUGAGAGCUAUGAGCCGUUCACAGGCACUCAGGCUUCUGCUGGCAGGAAAGCACAGCAUCGGGGGUUAGUGAGGAUGACUUCGACAGGAGAGAUGCCUCCCUCUCCUCCUGAUCGCUCCGUAUCCCGAGACUCGCAGGAUUCCAUGGAGGAUUACUGGAGUGAAGUGAGGAACAUCGAGGAGGACUGCCAAGAAAGCCAGGAGGAGAUGGAGAAGGGCAGCAUUGAUGAAGCAGAACUGGAGGAAGCAUGGCUGCACGAAGCUGGUCUCUCCACGCUGGUGUCUGGAGCUCUCGUUGACGGUCCUGCCGAGGCUCUCUUGUCCACGCUUACUCGCUCUCAAGCCGCCAUGGUGAAGAAACGACUGGACAACUACACUCAAACCCUACGCAAGAGGAACAAGCAGCCCAUGCGCCAUGUCCGGGAUGUCUUCUCCACAGCUGACACAUCGUCUGCUGAACCAACACCAACAGUGUCCCCAAAUGGGCCACCAAUACUGCCCCAUUGGACACCUCCCAAAGGUCGCAAGUCAUGCCCAGUGUUCACCUCUGUGGAGAGUAGCAUGUCACACUGUCAGCUGGAGCCGAAUAUCUUGUCCUUUGAAGUGCCGUACUCCGAGGGAGUGACUGCUCAUCGGAAAGGCCGCGACUGCCUUGACUGCCAGAGAAUCUGGAAAGGAGACAAAGAUUUACCAACCUUUCAGAUUAUGAAGUCCAAGCAGGGGCUGACCAGAGUGCAAGACCUGUCCUCAGAAGACAUCAAGAAGAUCGGCUAUAUCUGUCUUAUAGAACUAACCACGUUUUUCGAUGCCCUGGGCAUUGAACUGAAGAGGAACCGGGUAGUUCGUAGCAAGGUGCGGGAAACGGGCAUAUUUGGAGUUCCCCUGACUACAUUGUUGGAAAAUGACCAAAAGAAAUUUCCUGGCUCGAAAGUUCCUCUUGUUUUCAAAAAGCUGUUGUCGAAGUUGGAGCAGACGGGGCUGCAGACGGAAGGAAUUCUCAGGGUGCCUGGCUCCGCCUCUAGAGUAAAGCACUUGCGUCAGGAGUUGGAGGCGAAGUUUUAUGACGACAGCUUUGACUGGGAGCAGGUGAGGCAAAACGAUGCAGCCGGUCUGCUGAAGAUGUUCAUCAGAGAGCUGCCGUACCCUCUGCUCACACUGCAGCAUUUGCCUGCCUUCACCGCCGCACAAAAUAUCGCAUCACAUACACACCAGCUGCAGGCUCUGCACCUCCUCAUCCUGCUUCUGCCCGAGGCGAACAGAGACACUCUGAAGGCUUUGCUGACGUUUCUAAGGAAGGUUGUGGCACAUGAGGAGAAGAACCGCAUGAGUCUGUGGAACGUCUCCAUGAUUGUGGCCCCGAAUCUGUUCACGUUUAGGGGACAGAAAGCCAAGCAGGAGGAGAUGCAGGGGGCGGCAGGUGCAGCUCACCUAGUCCGGCUUCUCAUCGUCCACCAGGACCUUCUGUGGACGGUGCCCUGUUUUCUCAUCUCUCACGUGCGGAAAAUGAACGAGGCUUCCAUGUGCAAGAAGAUUCCCAGCUCAGAGAAGACAAAGAGGAAAUUACUCAGGAGACGCAACAUCGACAGGGAAAAAGAAAGGAGUGAGGUCACUGACCUUCGUGAAGGGGUCAUCAGGGUGCAGGCACCACUACAUGCCAAGAUCUCUAUGGCAAUCCAGCUGGACAGUAAGACGAAGGCUCAGGACGUGAUGGCACGAUUUGAUUUCGAGAAUGGGCAAGCGUCUCGAAACAGCAGCAGAAGACAGCGGCAUUUUUUGUUUGAGGUUGGAGGGAAUAUAGGGGAACGCUGCCUUGAUCCGGAUACUCACCUUCUGGAGGUGUACCGUGUGAAUCCUCACUGUGAAUGGGUCCUGAAAUCCAGAACAACCUGAGCAUAUUUAUUCUACAGCACGAGAUCAACCGAGGACACUACAGCUGGGUCUCCUUAGUACUCAUUUCAGGAUAUGGGUCAUGAAAACAGGAGAUUAAAGAAGCUGCCCCUCUUUCCAAAACGCGUACAAACGCACAAGUUUUCAACAAUGGAGUCGAGACGACCUCAUUUGCCCCCUUUUCAGACAUUUUAGAAGGAUUUUGAUUUAUCCUUCAUGUGGAAAGCUGGAUUUGAGGAAGGUGCUCUCCAGAAAGAGGGCUUUGUUUGUUUGUUUUUUCUCCACGGCUUGCGUCACACAGGAUGAACAAUGCAAUGCUGGCCAUUGAGAUUGUUUGAUGCCAGAAACAUGGUGGGCUCUUAUCUUACUGAUUUAAGACCACUGUUGAAGCAUGUUUUCCCAAUGCCUACAAGGCCUCAUGUGUUAAAAAAAAAGCAUGUACAUAUAUUUAUACCACUAAUUUAUCCAGGUAUCUUGAGAUUUUACCAAGUAAACCGUAGCUGGUUUUGUAUUACUUGCAUACACUGACUGCAUGCUCGCGAUUAAGCCAUCUGAACUUUAUGAUUAGGUACAAUUUGCAUACUGAUCAUAUAGUUGUUGUUAUUGUACCAAGUGAACUUUAAAAUGCCAAUUCGCAAUAUGGAUUCAGUAGCUGUGCUGCAUGAAACCCUAGCAGGCUGUAGUGACUGCAGGUUGCCUGUUUUAAACACUAAUGCUAUGAAAACUUGUAGCACAGUAACCUGUGGAUUGUGAAUUUACAAUGCAAAUGAGACUCUCCACUGUUCGGCAACUAAACUGAAGUUGAAAGUAAUAAUGUGGUCAAACAGGCUGGUUGUGGAGAGCUGGGUUUCUGUGCUGGAGCAGAGCAUUGCCAGAACAAGCUAAGGACUGGUUUUACAUUCUGCCCUGGGCUGCGUUUCCACUUUAACCCAAUCCCAAUGCCUGCUUAGAGUUCGGUCCCAAGUUCUGCUCAGUCUGCAUCCAGUAGGCCAGCUGGAAAUCUCGCCCCUGGUCAUUGCCAACACGAUGACCACAGUUACUCUUAACACUAAGUAUUGUAAGUAAAGAUGAGCUCAUCGUUACUGUAGUAAUUAGUUCUCUUUUUGUACAAGGCCUUUUUUUUUUUUUUGGGUAAACCACAAUGUACUCGACUGUUAUAUAUUUUUUGUUUUUGUAUUAACAUGAUUUGACAAUGCCAACUUG